AUGGAGGUGUUUGGUUGUGGGGAUGAGGUGGUCGAUGCUGAAUACGCGGAAGUAGAUCCAACCGGGCGAUACAUGCGCUAUAAUUUGAUUCUGGGGAGAGGAGCUUUCAAGACUGUUUACAAGGCAUUUGAUGAGGUCGAAGGCAUUGAGGUUGCAUGGAAUCAAAUCAACAUAGAUGAGGUGAUGCAAUGCCCAGAUAAUCUUGAUAGGCUCUACACAGAAGUUCAUCUUCUGAAGUCUCUCAAGCAUGGAAAUGUUAUGAAGUUUUAUUAUUCGUGGAUUGAUGACCAGAGUAAGACAAUUAAUGUCAUCACAGAGCUGUUCACAUCUGGAAGUCUCAGGCAUUACCGUCAGAAACAUCCACGUGUUAACUUGAAGGCAAUAAAGAAUUGGGCAAGGCAGAUUCUUCAUGGGUUGGAUUACCUGCAUAGCCACCAACCUCCAAUUAUUCAUAGAGACUUGAAGUGUGAUAAUAUUUUUGUUAAUGGAAACCAUGGAGAAGUCAAGAUUGGAGAUCUUGGGCUAGCUACAGUAAUGCAAACACCAAGGGCGAGGAGUGUUAUUGGUACUCCAGAAUUCAUGGCACCUGAACUUUAUGAUGAAAGUUAUGAUGAACUUGUUGAUAUAUACUCAUUUGGAAUGUGCUUGUUGGAGAUCUUUACUCUUGAAUAUCCAUACAGUGAAUGUACGAAUCCAGCUCAGAUUUUUAAGAAAGUAUCCACAGGUGUUAAACCUGCUGCAUUGGCUAAAAUUUCUGAUCUUCAAGUAAAGCAGUUCAUUGAGAAAUGUUUAGUUCCUGCUUCUGAGAGGUCGUCUGCCAAAGAACUUCUGCAAGACCCAUUUCUUUGUCCUGACAAUACACAUGAACCUGCUAUCACUAAGUUUACAUCUCCAACACCUAAUAAAACAGUAGAUAUUUCUUUGGCGUCUUUGCAUAUGGACGUUGACACUUUCGAAUCUAGCCCUUCUAAUUCAUGCAAGGAAAAUGCACAUUCACCAGUCCUGGAGUUCACAAGAACCAACAAAAAUACAGAGCUAAAGCUAAAGGGCGAGAAACAUGAUAACAACUCAGUCUCACUGGUUUUGCGAAUAGCUGAUUUGUCUGGUCAUGCAAGAAAUAUUCAUUUCCUCUUCUACUUGGACUCUGAUACAGCUAUGUCUGUAGCUGCUGAAAUGGUUGAACAAUUGGAGUUAGCAGAUUGCGAUGUUACUUUCAUUGCUGAUUUUAUUGACCUUUUGAUAGUGAAUCUUGUUCCGGGUUGGAGACCUGUAAAUGAUGCAGCAGCGAAGUCGUAUGGGCAGUCUGAAAGUGAACUUGCAAUCACUUCCCAUCAGAACAUCUCAAAGUUGGCACCUGAUUAUGCAUUAAUUGAUGGUAUGAUGCACCCAAAAUAUGUGAAUGCAUCAUCAACUGGUUUUCUUGAUUCUGUCUCAUGUGCAACCAACCUAGGAGGAUCACAAGGUUCUGAAGGUUCGGUUAUUUCUGUACAGCUUGCUGAGAGUUCCAAAAGUGUGAGUGACUAUGGGGCCGAGGAUUAUGGUACUAUGGACUGUGGUGGGUACAAAGAGGGAAUCAGUAAAGUAGAUUGCUGCCAAGUAUUAGAUGAUGGAUCGAGGUCAAUUUUCCAUAUAGAUCAAGCAUCACCGUUCUUGGAGUUGGCCAGCAGUGGUUCAUCAACUUCUACUGAUAAUCAGGAUGUGCUGAACGGGGAGCUUGUUUUGAUUGAAGCUCAGUACAAACAUUUGGUUGAUGAGUUGACAAGGAUGCGAGAAGAGGCUAUGGAAGGAGCUCGAAAAAAGUGGUUGCCAGAUAAAUGA